AUGGCGAAAAAUGUUCAGUUGAAGUUGUUGCAGAAAAGAGAACGGCAAAUAGUGCUUCUCAUGGACAGUGUCGACCGAUUCAUACAGAAUUACGAACCAGAACGCGAUGAGUGUCAGAUUAGUUCUAGGCUUCAGGCCUUAGAACCUGUGUUUGAUGAGUUUCAUGAAGUGCGCAGUAAAAUCGAGCUGAUCUUUUAUGAAAGUGAAGAGAAAAAGGCCAAGGAGCUCUACGGUGACGCCAAAGAUGAAGCUGAAGCACAACGUGAGGAAGAAAACGACAGGCUGCUGCUGAGUUUUGAAGACCGUUUCUUCCAGUUGAAGGGUGCACUGUCAAAACUUCAAAACAAACCCGAGCGAGCUCCAAACGUAGACGAUUCUUCACACAGCCAAGGCCAUGCCUUCAUGGGGUCGAGAGUUAAGCUGCCAGAAAUUCGAUUGCCCAGUUUUAGUGGAAAACUUCGCGAAUGGGUCUCAUUCCGCGAUAGUUUUCAAAGUUUGAUCCACAACAACGGACAACUCGCCCCCAUGGAGAAGUUCUCCUACUUAAGGUCAUCGUUGAGCGGCGAAGCACUUGAAGAAGUCCUCUCUAUCGAGCUGUCAGACGUUAACUACAGUGUCGCCUGGGAGAUUCUGACAGAGCGGUACGAGAAUAAGAAGCUUAUAGUGAAGGCAUACCUGGACACACUGUUUACACUAGAACCGAUUAAGAAAGAAGGGUACGAGAGCAUCAAUCAGCUCAUCACGGAGUUCGAAAAGAAUCUGAUGAUGCUGCAGAAGGUCGGUGAAGACACUGAUGGCUGGAGCACCAUUCUAGCGCACAUGCUGCACACGCGACUAGACCCUGUCUCUCUGAGAAAUUGGGAAACACAACACAACAGCAAAGAAGUACCGAAAUACGAGGACAUGAGGAAGUUUCUGCGCAACUACUGUUCCGUUCUGCAGUCGGUUGCUCCAGCCAAAGAACCCCGCUUCAAUGUCGCAGAUCAUCAUCCACCAAAUCGACUGAAGUCAAUCUUCGCCAUCAUCGCUGCACGGAUCGAGCACCUAAUCCAACCGAUUGUUAACGGCGUACAAAUCUCAGGACAAUCGGUUCCCAAAGCUAAGUCGAACGUAUCUGUACCUCCAGGUCAACAAGGAUCCAUACCAGGUACCACAUUCGCAAGGAACUCUCAAGCCUAUCAACAGCAAAGACAACAAACCAUGCCAAUAGUUACGGAAACACACACUCAAGCACUAAAUGCAACACACAAUUCACCAAACACAACCACACAAAUCAAUUCAACUAUGCCAAGCACAAGCCAAAGCUACGUAGCACUAUCUGUUAAGCCUGCAUCGAAUACUCUGCUUCCUACCGCUCUUGUCAAGAUCAAAGACCGCUAUGGUAACGCUCUGAUUGCUAGAGCCCUGCUGGACUCUUGCUCGCAAUAUUGUCUAAUGACAGAAGAGUUUUCCAGAAAGCUGAAGCUCGAAGAAACACCCACGUUUUUGUCAGUCCAGGGUAUUGGGUCGUCUGAGUCAGUGUCAACGAAAACCAUACGUUCUGAAGUCUGCUCACGUUCACCAAAAAUAUCUGGUUACCAAGAAACUAUGCAGUUCUUUGUGUUGCCCAAACUCACGCUGCAGCUACCUUCGUCAUCGUUUCAUCCUCCGCCCAUGUCGAUUCCCGAUUCCUCUUUGCUAGCUGAUCCUUACUUCCACGAAUCAAAGCGGGUCGAUGUCGUCAUUGGUGCCAAGUACUACUUGGAAUUGUUGAAGAACGAAGGAAGAAAAGUCACGAAGAAUGGUCCCACGAUUCAUAAUUCUGUUUUUGGUAAUUCCAUUGGUCGUCACACUGGUCGAACAGUGGCAAUCAUCGAAGUAUAUCAUCGAACAUUUUUGAGGCCAAGUCGAGGUUCAUGUGCCGGUCCGAUCCGCCGUAAGCAUUACUGCAGCUGCAAACCACACACGACACAGGAACCUGCAGUCAGCCAUAUCCAUCACAGUCCCCUGCCCGUGUCCCGCUGCGUAGCUCCUAGUGCUGCUAAGAAAGCUUCUUUCGUCAGCGAACAUCACCCAGGUCUUGAGCAACUCUACACCGCCAGUCCCUGGUUGGGCAGACUUAGUCCUACAUGGUAA